AUGUCUUCACUCCACUGGGGCAGAAUAUUGGUUGGAAUUACCUGUUGUGUAGUAACAACAACCCUUUGGGCACUGUGUAUUUGGCAGCUUGUCCUCAGGUUUAAAACAGACACUACAGAAUCCGAGGUACCUCUGUGCUUCUGCCUCAAUGGUGGCAUCUGUCAGGACGGAACCUGCGUGUGCCCAGAGGAGUGGGUGGGAUCUCUUUGUGAGAUAGUUAAUUUCUGUGAAGCCAGUACUUACACAGUGAACGUUUCUGAAAGCAUUACAAAAAACCUUACUUUUGGACGGAUUAUAGUGAGUAAAUAUGGCAACUCCGAAGAAAAAUGCAAACCUGAUACUGUGAAUGGUAACACUUCAAUAUCAAUCAGGAUGUGCUCCAGAGAAGGCAGAACUCCUACUUUAGAGCCCCCCAAAAUUCUGAACUGUGAUGAAAAUCUGGACUCCUUAGCAUCACAGGUUGAGGCUAUGAACUCCAGCAAUAUUGCAGCUAUUGCAAGUAACACUGAAAUCCUCACCUCCAUGCCAGACCAGCUGUCCACACAGAACAUCUAUGCUGCUGCAAGGAUCACAGUGCAGAUUCUGAAAACACCCAAUGUGUCAACAGAUGCUCAGGUAUCUACGGCAGCAGUGGCUACAGUAAGUCAGCUCUUGGAUGCCAGUGAAAGAGAAUUCAACCAUAGUAAUCUUGUCAAUGUUACAACAAGCCUCACAAAAACAAUGGAGGAAUUUUCUUUGACUGGCAACAUCUCGCAGACCAAUGUUGCAGUCCAGUCUGCUCCACUGAAAUUAAGCUCCUCUACAAUUCUGUUUUCAGCACAGAGGGAUACAACACUGGGAUAUUAUCAGCCAACAAAACUAGAAAUACAGGAAAAUGUCCCUGGGCUUAUUGCUGACACCAGUACUGAAAUUCAGAUACUGUUCAACAUUACAAAUCACAGUUCAUCAGGCAAUGGGAGAGUUGGCUUUGUCCUGUAUCAAAAUGACAAACUCUUCCAGUCAAGGAUUUAUCAGACUCAACGUAGUUUCUCUAGACAAAUUGUCUCUGGCAACAUCGAUGGUGGAAGAACCAGCAGUGUUGAAAUAGCCUUCAGUCCCAAGUACAACAUAUCCGAACUGUAUCUGCGGGAUCACGCCUGUGUCUUUUGGGACUACACUGUCAAUGACUGGAGCACUGCUGGCUGUGCAAAAGGAAGAGACCAGUUCCUGAGAUGCAGGUGUAAUCACACUACUAACUUUGCUGUCCUGAUGGCCUUUCAGAUCAAAUAUAAAUAUGCAAAGCCUUUGGAGUAUAUUUCUUACAUUGGUGUUGGAUUGUCCAUGGCUGGUGUGAUCAUUACCAUUUUGUUUCAAAUAUUCACUAGGAAAUCUCGAAAGUCAUCUGUAACGUGGAUGUUAGUGAGUCUCUGUUUCUCUAUGCUCAUUUUUAACAUCAUCUUCAUCUCUGGAAUUGAAAACCGCAAUGCCAGGAAUCACAGCGACAGUACCACCAGUCACUACCAGCAGUACCUUCCUUACGAUACUAUCAGUAACACCUUACUCACAUCUGACUUGGUAGAUCCUCCUGCUGACUCCUGGUGUACAGUUGUGGCUGCCCUACUGCACUAUUUUUUGUUGACAACAUUUAUGUGGUCAGCACUCAAUUCUGCACAGCUGUACUUACUGCUGCUUAGAGCCAUGAAGCCCCUGCCCGAACACUUCCUUAUAACCACGUCAGUAAUUGGAUGGGGAAUCCCCGCUGUAGUAGUUGCAAUAACACUUGGAGCAACUUACAGAGAAGGAAAAGCUUUAAACUACCGACAGGAGGAAUUUUGCUGGCUUGCAGCACUGGAUCAAAAUAAGAGUUUCAGUGUGAAAAAGCCCAUGUUGUGGUCGUUCCUCUUGCCAGUAGCACUCAUACUCCUGUUUAACAUCAUCACUUUCAUCACUGUCAGUGUCUCUGUGAUAUGGAAGAAGAACAAGAAUUUGACAAGGAAUAAAAAGGAUUCAUUUAUGAAAAAGAUGAUUGGCACUAUCUCUAUAGUGGUAGUGCUUGGAAUCACCUGGACGAUAGGCUACCUCAUGUUAAUAAGUCAUGAAGAAACAAGCCUGUUUUUCAGCUAUCUGUUCUGUGUUUUGAAUGCUACCCAGGGACUUCAGAUCUGUAUUCUGUACACUUUCAGAUCACCAGUCUUCAAGAACAAAGUUUCCAAGGUGUUUGCUGUUAUUUGGGUGCCAAGGGUAUCUUUGUAUCUGCAUUCAAAAACUUACUAUGUUUCAAAAACACAGCCUGCAAAACGCUCACAGGAAACUUUCAGAUCAACACAGACUUUAUCAGAGAAUACUUCCUUGUCUACUGUCCCUAACUGA